AUGGAUGUUGAAGUGGCAGAACUAAAGACCAACGUGAAUAAUUUGUCGCAGUGCUUACACGCAUUACUGAAGCGCAUAGAGCAACUCGAACAUUCAGCUCCGAUGGACACAGAAUGCUUCUACUAUCCUAACAAAGGAGUUACGUUGAAGACUGUUAAUGAAGCCGUGGAUGGGUUAUUAUCUACCAAAGAGACAUAUGAGAGUGAUUUAGAACCUGACGUACAGGUUGUGUGCAACGAAAUGGUUACAGAAGAUCCAGAAACGGGCGUCAAAAAACGUACGGUCGUAACAGAACGAGUAGUUACAACAAAAUCAUUUCAUACAAUACCUGUAGAUGAUGGAAUUACUUUUUCAAAUGAAAAUCAAUACGGAACAAUGAACUCUGAAAUGACCUUACAUGAUGAACCCAGAAAAACAAAUACUUGGAUCAAAACAGAGCCGAAUGAUAUAAGUGACUACGAUAACAACAAUAAAAUGUUAUCUCAAGCAAUGGUAAAAAAUGAAUUAAUCUCAGAUAAAGAAAUGAGAACUAUUGACUUGAAUCAGAAUCCAUUUGGGGAUGUAUUCUAUGAUCGAAUUGGAAAUCAAAUCAUUAUUACUCGAGUGAAAUCUGGUUUUGAUGCUGCAAAUGAUAUUCGUGUAGGCGAUAUAAUUGUUGAAGUAAAUGGAAUACCUACGAGUCAGAUUAAACAUUUGAUGGAAUUUCAAGGUAAAAUAAGACUGAAAAUGAUGCCAGCACCUUUACAUUGUGGCCCAUCGGUAUAUUAUCGAGCAAAAUCAAACUAUAAUGGCUCACGGGACCCUCAUGUUCCAAAAAAUUUGAAUGCUUUGAAUUUAGAAAAGAAUGAAAUUAUUCAAGUUUUCAGUAAGGAUUCUAAUUGGAUUCAGGGAAGAAAGGUGAAUGAUUUAAAUCAGUCGGGAUUAUGCCCUGUUGAUAUAGCCGGAGAGAGGAUGUCAUUGCUUACGCCUUAUAAUCGUAGGGUUUUGGUGCUAUUAGGAGUUCCUGGAGUCGGGCGAAGAACUUUGAAAACGAUGUUUCUUGACCUCUUUCCUCAAUAUUUCACUACUGCGAUUCCUUAUACUUCUCGAGCAGCAAAAUCUAACGAAUUAGAGGGAAGAGAGUAUUAUUUUCGUACAAAAGAAGAAGUGAUAAAACGAAUCCAAGAAAGAGAUAUGAUCGAAUGGGGGGAAUUUGAUCAACAUUUGUAUGGCACAAGGUUAUGCUUUUUUCUUCUUUUUGCAUAA